UAUGUCUUAAAAUCACGAUCUCCAUCCUCGAAAGUUUUUGAAUUUUUUCUUUUUAUAUUUUUUUUUGGGGUUUGAUUUUAUCCCUUGUGUGGGACCCAGAUCUUGUGUGGGACCCAGAUCUAAAGCAGAUUCUGCAGAUCUUUCCCAACAUGUGUUUGGCUUGAGAGAAAACUCCAGUUCCUUUUUCAACGACUAGAGGAAAGAAAAUUAAGCUCACGUAUUUGAAUUCGAAUCCUAGCCGUUUGGCUGACGAGAGAGAUACAGGAUUCUGGAGCUGGGAAAAUCUCGAAAUCGGAGGAAAAUUCCGCUCUGAAGCAUGGGGGAAUCUGCCUAUUUGGUUCAUUCGUUUUCUUACACGGCAGCAUCUAUUUCCCAUGAACCCCAUGAGGCCCCCGAUUUUCCCGGGAACCAAACAGAAAAUUCACAAGGCUUAUCAGAAAGAGAGAGCAGAUUAGUUGCAGACACUAGUGCAGAGAUGCUGGAUAACCCGCUCCAUGCGCUUAGCCAGUCAAUCUCCUUUGGCAGAUUCACGACAGAAUCUCUCGAAUGGGGUAAAUGGUCAAGUUUCUCACACAAGAAAUACGUUGAAGAGGCCGAGAAAUACUCACGUCCAGGUUCCGUCGCCCAGAAAAAAGCUUUCUUCGAGGCUCACUACAAGAGAAUAGCCGAUGCCAAAAAAGCUACGGCCUCGGCCACAAAUGAAUCGCCUGAUCAACAAUCAGAAUCCACCAAGCAGAAUACUACUGAAAUCGGAUCAGUCACAAGCACCGAGGGGUCAGGGUUGUUGAGUACCGAGAAAAAUGAACCACCCGGGAAAAAGAGCGUUCAGUCUGAUGCUGCGGUUUCGGAAAAAGAUUCUGCUGCUGAGAAUUUGUUCCAUACGCCCGUUGUUCCAGAUGAUAACAAUGCCUCAGAUGAUGUUAUGGUGCCUGAUGUGGAUAAUCAACGGAAGAGAAAUAGCUCGAUUGGAAACGAGGAUGGGUCUGUUGAAGAUAAAGUCGAAGGUAGAAUAUCAGUAACCAAGAACUCGCCUGGUUGGAGAGUGUCUGUUGAGGUUUCGCCCCUUCCAAGAACCUCAGAUGCAGCGAAAAAGAGUUCAUUUUCAGAGAAUCCAAGUGAAAGAAUGGAAGAUCAUAUUUAUCCGAAGAAAGAUGAAAGACCAGUUCGCCGGAGAUUCAGUUUCCUGAACUGUUUCAUGACAAAAUCUAAAACUCAAGAUCAGAACGCGACAAGGAGAAAGGGAAGAAAGCAGGGGAAGAAACCGAAGAAACGGUCCCUGUGUCUCUGCUUCAAGCCUCAAGCACUCGGAGAAACAGAAACACAAAGAAAGGUCAAGGGCAAAUCACGGGGAAAGAAGCUCUGAAAGGCUUCUGCUAGUAGAACAGAACCGCUUUGAAAAUGCCCAAGAACUCGUUUUCUGUCAAGUAAAGAACAAUCUGUCACUGUCUCGGGUUAGGGAUAAAACUUGUACGUAGGGGAAAGGCAGGCACCGAUUUGAUCUUCACCAGAGAGUCUGUGUGCUUUAGGAAACGUGCGUAGUGAAAGUUGUUGCUUUCGUUUAUACGAAUUUGUUUCUCUCUCUCUCUCUCUCUCUCUCCAUGUUCAGUGAAGAAGUCUUGGAGUUGCGUUUCUCUGUUUCAUGGGUUUCCUCUGUUUUGUCUCAUGUCUGAUGCCAUUGUGCUAAAAUGGAUUACAGUUUUGUGGCUGCA